AUGCCCAGCAUCACUAUCACCAAUGGGCUUACCUUCAACAACUUGGGUCCGGUGACCACCACAUUCACCGCAGCACCCAGCUGUACAACUGCCAUAAACAACUACGGAAUUGGACUCAGCGAGUCUCUCCCUUACUAUCUAUUUGAGGCGCAAUGCACCAGAGCUGGUUAUAACGGCUGUUAUCCCCCUGGCACCGUUUCCGAGGAUCCUACCCCUGAUCGCAAUCCGACUGCGAUAUUCAUCGAAUCAUACUACUCCCCAGGCUUAUACUGCCCGUCCGGGUGGAAGACUGCCGGCGUCGCCGCCCGUCAUGGCGACAAGACCGUGAGCUUUUCGGGUGUUUUGGACAUUCCGACUCCCAUCGGACCGGACUAUGGGCCUACCACAAUCGCCUCAGCGGGUAAUCCGGUCAAGCUAUUACCAAAGCUUCUAGACCCAAGCGAGACUCUAGUGAUGUGUUGCCCUAAUUCCAUGGUCGCGGACCCUGGUUGGGGCUGUUAUUCAAUUCUCUCCGAUUACAAGGUGACCACAGGAUGUGCCAUCCCGCUUCCCAUGUCACUUUUUGGCACAUCAACAGCAACCCACAUUGUGAAUGGGACCACCUCCUUGGAUUACCUCUUCAGCCUUACUAGAACGGAUCCCGUCACUGCAACUAUGACAACCUUCGAUGCUUCGGAAACUCCUAUGCUUGGCGCGGCUUCUUUCCUGCCUAUGAUUCGACUAAUUCACCAUCAGUCUGACCUCAAGGCAACAGGAACAGCCGAUGCUGGCUCUACCUCGGCUGCGUCGACUUCGAACUCUGCGGCAAGACUCAGCCCAAAUGUCAACUCGUGGGAUGGAAUGGGUGGUGUUCUGGGUGUGUCGCUCGCUGCUAUUGUUUUGGGUGCCACCAUGGUGCUCCAAUAA